GAAAGUAUUCCAUGGUCAUUGUUUUUGUCCGUUCUUGGAUUCAUCGACUGUAUAUAUUGGUAAAUUGGGGAUGUUUGUGUGUGGUGCCCAUUGACUGUGUGUUUUUCCUUUGCCCGAUCUUUUUGAUGGUCAGCACCCAAAUGCCAAAAGGUUUAACAACGCAUUUUUUAUAGGAAUUGGCCCAGCUUUUGUUUUCCUGAUAUCUGAAAACAAUCAACAGCCCAGUCCAAAAAAGCCAUAUACAAAAACCGCAGCUCUUCCAGGACCAGUUACGGUGGAAUACACACACCCAACUCGUAACUGAUCAAACACACUUGUCCACCCAAUGGCUCAUCUGGAGUAUGGUAAUAGUAAAUGGCUAAAAGAAUAGGAAACCGACCAAUGUAAUCUAAAUAUAGGAUACCACUCCAAGAGCCUCGCUGCCAUAUAUAGAACAUGACCAACAUAUCUGGAUGUUAAAUGGGGGCGCUGAUUGUAAGGUUUUUGUGUGAGAUAUGACGAGCAACACACAAACCACAGGAUACCGGUUUUUUUAUUGUUGAAUUGCUGACCACGCCGUUCAGGAUUUUCGUAGUGUUUCCCUCCUCCCCCCUCGUGGUUGUAUUUUCUUUUUGUUUUUUGUGGAGUAUACGUUAAUCGAUGCGCGUUGGAGGACUUGCGUUAACGGUAUUGGGAUUCGCUGCAUCAUGUCGAGCAGACUGUUGCUACACGAGCACACCCACAACAACCCAAGACCAAUCUCUCGUCAACUUGACAGUCUACUGGUCCCAAGCCUCUUUAACGGCCUAUCACUAUAAUGUCAAGGUCCAGUUCCCUGUAUCCAAUGUCAUGAAUGCUGCCCAACCGUUUCGGGCACCAGUUGGGACGGUGGUGUGCGAAAAGGAGGGUGAGAAUGCUUGGGGGUGUACAUCAAGGGAUGCCAAAGUGUUUUCAGCGCAAUUCAAUAUGGCAUUAACGGCGGCCCAAACGGGAUCCCCAUCAACAACCAUAAGAAUCGGAGACGAGAAUGGAGAGUACACACUCUGUACACUCUCACCAUGGUGUGAACUCCCUUCCGAUAAUACAAGCAACAAUGAUGAUAUCAAUUACGGCCCAUUCGGACACCACCCAAAAUGGUUUGCCAUUAUUCUAGCAGGAGCCGGUGGACUCGCAUUAGGUGCCAUUGUAUUCGGUGUCCUCUACUACCGAAACCAUCGAUCCCAUAUCGGGACAGAAGUCUCUCUCGCCCGACGACAUGAAGAACAACAUGGUCCGAGUCAAGAAGCGAAAAUAAAACGAGUACCAACGGUCCGACAAGCGAGAUCUGGUCGGGAUUUUGCGGGGUCGGGUACCCUUUUGGGUGGAUUGCCUGGGAAUGAAUCUACCGAGACGUUGAUUUCUGGACGGGGGACUUUGGUGGGUGGUAUGUUGUAUCAAGCAAGUGUGGAACCGGUCAAAGGGGACGGAUUGGAACGAUCAAAAAGUAUCCGAUCGGUUCAUGAUACCCGAUCCGUCGCCCAUGAUACGUCGUUGAUGAGACAGAAAUCAACUCGAUCGGUACGAGAUGGAAUCAUACCAAUCCCAUCAUCCAUACCACCACCACCACCACCACCACAACAGCCAACAACAACAUCACCUGCACAUGGACAUAAAACAUCUCGAACAGUUAAACGCCAAGGAACUAUUCUCCAUCCCGAAACGUUAUUCGAACCCCCUUCACAUCCAUAUCGAACACGAUCGAAAUCUAUACGAGAACCACGACAAGUGCGCGAACCAGGACUGGAUGGAUAUGUCACGGAUAACACGCCAAGUAGAACCCGAUCAAAAUCGGCGCAUAGAGAACAAGAACAGGGGUUCGUAGCCUCCGCUCGGCGUCGACGGUCAACCAAAACUCAACAAGGACAAGGUCGUAUGGAUGGACCUUGUGAUGAAGGCUUGUCGCAUGUUCCUAAACGAGACGCUAAAUGGGAACCUAAAUGGGAGAAUGGGAGAACGAGAGCCUUGUCGAGAGCAGGACCGGUCCGCGAGACGGAACAGGGGUGGUAAAAACCUAAAGUUUUGCAUAAAAACACAAGAAAAAGAAAGAAAGAGUAUGGAAAAGUAGCAAUAGACUGUUUUCUUUGAUACAAUUUUGAAAAAGAUUGAAUAGGGUGUACGUGAACAAUACCAAUUAUCUCAACAUUCUUGAACAACUGCACAAAUCUUCAAACCAAAAAAGCCCCAACAAAAGCCCCAACACCCGCCCCAGUAACAGCUCCCAACCCCAACCCAACAGCACCCUCCUCAGCACUGCCAGCAAUAUCAACAUGGG